GGCAUUUGUACUGAUAACAAGCUCCUUUAAUUAUAAUGUUAUAUCAUAACGUGACCAAAAAAGUUACUCGCUAAUCAAUAUUUUUACUUCAAUACAUUUUUAAUUUAUAUAUUUCACCAAUUAUAUAAUAAUUAAGGAGAGAUCGAUAACUUAACAUGAUCAUCAAUUGAUGGAAUGGAUGAGAUUGCACGAUUAUAUUAAUAGUAUACUUGAACAUAAAUAAGUGCACGUAACACAUAAAAAGAAUUAUACGAAUGAAUUAUAAAAAUUAUGGGUGGUUAGUUGGGCUUGGUCUAAUCCCUCAACUUAAAAUGCCAUAAUGGGCCGCGAGCCUGGACCCAAGAUCCUCCACCCUAUCAAAUACGCACGAGUUGUUCCCGGCCCAAAAUACCAUCCCGGCCCACAUCAAAGUUAGACGACAACCGUAUUCAUUCCCUCUUUUAUUUUUUUUUUAUUCUUUUCCCCCGCGAAUAUUUGAUUAAUCCGCCUCCCCGACGGAAACCGACUAGGGGUGGCAAUGGGUCCGGUUGGGUUGGGUUUUGCCAAACCCAAACCCAUGGGUUUAUCCAUGAAAAAAAUCCGGGGUAAAACCCAUUGGGUUUGAAAAACUCAAACGCAACCCAACCCGCUAGGUAUCCGCGGGUUCAUGGGUACCCACGGGUUUUUGUCGUAAAAAAUUACAAUAACAAGUUCCUAUCAAAAUUAAAAUCAAAUAUCAAUCUCUCAAUACAAAUUAUUCAUAUAUAAACACCAUUCUAGAAAUUCAAGCAAAUCACAAAUUAACUAUACAAAUUGUUCAACACCAAUCUAGAAAACUCAAGAAAAUUGAAGCAAAUCAUAAAUUAUCCAUAAAUAACAUGAUUAAUUGAAAACUUCUUCCUUUCAAUUAAGUUUCUUCACUCUCCACUCGAUAACAUCAACUUCGUUCUACACAAUUAGAAAGAAAAACUAGACAUGUCUACACAGACAUAAAUAAUAUUAGUUGUUUAGAAUAUUAAAUAUACCGAGAAAAUUAAUUAUAUGAGUGUGGACGGGUACCCAUGGGUCGGGUUUACCUAAACCCAAACCCAACCCGAUGAAUAGUGAACGGAUUUAAACCCAAACCCGACCCAAAACCCGUCAACACGGAUUUUACCCGCGUUGAUCGAAUUGGGUUGGGUGGGUACCCGUGGGUUCGAAUUUUGUUGUCAUCCCUAAAACCGACCUCUCUCGGGAUCUCCCUAUCUAGUUUUCGAUUUUCCUCAUUCCAUAUCGUAAAAUAUAUACAUUAUUCAAUCAUUACAUAGCGAGAGUUGCUCUGAACUUUGGAAAUUUCAGCGUAAUAAUUUUUACCAAAAAAGAGCAGAGGAUGGGCGCAGGGUUUUCGUUCGGUCCCUUUUCCGACGAAGAGGAGGCCAAAAAAUUUGUAGCUUGUUCGCAAGUGAUUGCAUCAGUAACAGGCAAGUACGGAGAGAACUUAUUUGAUACGGCGAGGAACACCAAGGAGUUGGGAUGAAGCCUUCCAGCGAUUCUCCAGGAUUGCGAAGAAGAGGGACAACAUUAUCCGCGCCCAAAGGAUGCUUCACGAGUUCAUGGAACACCAGCUUCUCUUCAGGGGAAUCAACUUCGAUCCUGUCUUCACUGCUUUUGCUCUUUGUCCCGUCGCCGCCGCCGUCGCUAUAGCCGUCGGCCAAACCUGCACCGCCCCGCUCUCCCGCAUCGCUAUUCUCUCUCAGGUAACCGUGAUCAGUUUGCCUCGACUUGAAGAAAGAUUAUCUAUAGUUUGACCGGAAGUCCCCGCAUACACAUCGUAUUAGUAAACUAUAUGCUUUGGGAUUGUCGAUUUUUUUUAAUCCGUGACAUAAUAAUGUUUUGAAUUUAUAAUUACCCUAUAGGUCGAAGGAGGGAGGAGGAGGAGGAGAAGCAUAUCGGAGCAGGCUGCUCGGAUUGUUGAAGAACAAGGUGGUGUUGGAGGGUACGAAGGGCUUUGGAGGGGGAAUUGGGUCUCGAUUGCUCAUCAGCUCACUUUCUUCGGGAUCAACUUGUUGGCCUAUCAAAAUUUCAGGACUCUACUCAUGGUGAUCCUUCUUCUUACUUAUUAUUACUUCCGUCGUGAACUAGUUGGUCUCAAUAAUUCCAGUUGUUGGAGAGAGGUUCAAAUAAGUAUAUCUUAUCAUAUACUUUAAGACAGUACGAUUGAUAUUGAGGGUCGCGAAGAUUUUAACAUGUAACCUUAUGAACAAAUCAACCCUAGUAUCAUGUCAUAAACCGACGUUAGGGUUCUAAUUACACGAGAGCCUGAUCAAAAGGUCUUCUACGAGAAUGUUGAUCACAAUCUCAUAUUUAAAACUAUGCAAAUUUCAAAAUUAUACGAGCGACUGAGUUCAAGAGAGCAUGCAUGUAUGUUAGUAUGCGAUAUACGAUCCAGACUGCGAUUUAAUUUUGCAUGCAUGCACGCAGACGCAGUCAAGUGUGCCAAUGGGACUUGGCACAGUAGCUUUGGUGAGCGGGGGACUGGCUGCUGCAACAGCUACGGCUAUUUCGCAUCCUCUGGAUACCUUGACAGCACGCAUCGCAGUACAGGUAUGUAUAUAACACUGCAUGCCUCUGGACACGAAACGAGUUUCGUUUUAUGGUGGCUGGUAGUAAUAUGCUUUACGAGUUAAUUAUUGGCGCUAAUUAUGUUUGUGGAAUAUGAAUGCAGACGAGUAGGAAUUAGGAGGGAGCAUGGCGUACCUUCUGCAAUAUUUGCAAAGAAGAUGGCGUUGGGUCAAUUUAUGCUGGAGUUUCAGCAUCAUUACUGGUCAGUAAUAUUAUCUACACAAACACUACAACUAAGUUAUCAUUGGUCGACAAUGAGCUAGCCGCUAGGCAUACGUUGAGGCUCUGCCUUACUGUGUAGAUCAUCUAAGCGUUUAAAGUUAAAAAUAGGAAUUUUCUGUAGUUGACGAUGCGAAAUCGUUGCAAUUCCUGAGUUAUGAGUCUUUGUAUUAUUGACCUAGCUAGAAUUGCAAUUCCAAAUUGAGAAAAGAGGAGUGAAAGAUGUGUAAAAUAUAGGACAAUGGAGAUGACAUUGUUUUGGGAAGAUUAGCUACAUUUUUUUUAUUCUUGGUUUGUCAAUGUGCUUAAGUGUGCCUUAAUUCGAUUAAUCACGCAUUACGCCAAUAAAUCAUGUUCACUUUCACAUUGGAUUCGUCUAUACGUAAUGAAAGCAUAACUGUCUGCCUAGCGCUAAACAAGACAUUUUUGUUACUACCUAGUGCCUAAACGUACGCAGAAUUACGCCUUUUUUGAACCCAGCCACACAGUCGAGCUCUUUAGAUUAUGUUAAUUGAUUGGGUUUUUUCUAUCACGUUUCAGGGCAUCGUUCCGUCCAUGGCAAUCAGUCUCGCUGUAUAUGACCGUCUCUCAAUGAGUUUGAGCAAACUAAGGUAUCACCUUCCAACAACAACGAACAAAUUGUGCUUUUCCUUCUUUUCAUGUCAGUGACUUGUAUCGUAUAAUAAGUCCGCUGCUACCGGGCAUUGAAUUGGCCGAAGAAAGAUAAAGUCAUGCUUAGAUU